GGAGUUUCCGUGUUGAAGAACACUCGCACAUACAUCAUCAUACCCCUAAACUUGACAAAGACCCAAACCGAUUUUUACGAAACGCAAAAAAAGUCUUUAUAUAAAAAUUCUUCGUUUGGGAAGGUAACUACCAAUGAGUUGUGUUUACGAUGUGUUUAUUUCCGAAAAAAAAAAUUCACGCCGAGAAAUGCUUAUUAUAUAACCAGGCCAACAAAAUUUGUACGUAUAUCCGUUUCCUUUGUUUUCUUACUCUAUCUCUCCUCUCGUUCUGUAUAUUCCCGUGCUAAUGUCAGCAUAGUUUCGAAUCAAUAGUUUAUCUUUUUUUGUAGGAUUUCUCGAAAACAAAGUUUAAUCACACUACAAAUUUUACAAUCGACCAAUAUUUGUCCUUUCACCGUUUAUCUCUCUUUUGAGCGAUUUAAUUGUCCAUGCAUGAACACAAAGCUCCCUAAAUUAAUUACGCGCAGAAUUUCAGUGUGAAGAUAGACUGCCGAUAAAGUGACGAUUACCUUUCUUUUCUUUUCCGAGACAGAUGGCUGAUAAAAGUGCUUUUAACAAAGAGAUAUACAGUUAUUGGCAAGAACGAAAACUGACCGAUCAUGUUUUCAAUCUGGUUCUGGACAAUUGAAGAAAUAUUGUAUUCGAUCACGUUUCUUUUAACAUUAUAAAUCCAAUUAUGUUUCUAAAUACAAAUUUUGUUUAAACUAACAUACCGCCCACAUUACAAAAUAACGAAACAAAUGCCGAAAUAUUAUUGUUUCUAUGCUGAUUGUUGUAUGCAGAAGAAAUAAGUGGAACCAAUAUCUAAUUUAUCCAAACGUUUUAGCAAUUUUACUGUCGGAGAAAACCAAGACCGUUUGUAUUGUAAAAAUGAAAGUUCGUAAUUUUGAAGUGGAGUUGAAAACAGUACAGUUCUUGAGAAGGAUAUUCCUUCAGUGGACGAGAAAGGGAGAAAAAGGGAAAAUUUUUAUCUCGAACCUCUCGCAUGUUCUGACCAUGCACUGAACUUACAGGGAUUCUCGUAGCGAGCUAGGCCAUAUAUGUAUAUAAAUAGAGCCCUUGGAAGCAAGCUCUAGUGUUUUUAUUUUGCGGAGCAAUAUCAUCGAGUUUGACCAUCAAUUUUAUUCCAUUUAGAAAGCGAUCUGCUGGUGUUGUCACUAGUUUAUUAGAGGAACGCCUGUGAGAUCAUGCUGACAGUGUAAACAUCAGUUCUUCCUCUUUCAUGAAUAAGCGAUAGUUUCUGUGAUAUGAAUGGAAUUUUUUUUUUUUUUGCUUGCUUUCAGUUCAACUAAUUAAUCAGUUUCCCUUCUGACGUCUCUUCUAUUUCCUGAUUUGUAGACAUGAUUUAAAAAUCAGUAAGAGGAUGACGAAAGGAAAGAAAAAAAAAACUAUGAUUGCACAAAAAUUUAUGGUGGAAUUACGUGCGGCGAAAAAAAUAAAUCAUACCAUUUGAAACGGUUUUUAUCAGUCAUAUUAUACUCGGAUCUCUCGGCUAUGAAUUAAAAGAUUGAAAUAUACGGUGACAUUUAAUGUGGUGUAGAAAACCAAGUCAUGCCAUUUAAAACUACUUUUAAGUAAUUGUACAGAAGUCGUUCGGCUAUGAAUUAACAGGCCAUUGAAAAACAAACUUUUGAAAGGUUUUUUUCCUUCGUAGCGGGAGAUGAACUUGCUCCUGUACCCCUAUGCGUGUUUUUUUCUUCUGUAUGCACGCUAAAUUCUAUUCGCAUUAUACCCUUUCUUAAAGAAACGGAAAGAAGUUAAAAAGCAUGUAUACUAGAUUGUUCUCUAACACUCUCAAAUGCAAUCAAUACUUAGAUUUAAACAAAAACAAAAAACAGUGUUUAUGAUUUUGACAUCCGACUUAAUUUGAAGUUUAUACACUUGCUGUGCCACCUAACCCAGUUGGUUAGCCGCAUGACCCACUCAAACGUUUUUCCCUGUCAACAUAAUUUAUUUUUAAUCUUCCAUUGAUAAAUCCUCCAUUUGCUGUUGACCUUAUAGAGGCGAAGCGUGGUUGCAAAACUUCGUAUAAUUGUCGCCGAGGUCGCGGGUAUGGAUCCCUUUCAAACUUCUUAAAUGCAUAUUUUUUCCUGUGGGGCUAUUAAAAUACAACUGCUUAAGCACAGCAGUACCCUAUCUGCGAUCAUAACUUUCAUCUACAUUUUGUUUUCUUCUUGUGCUAUAGAAAUAAGUGGUUAAAUUUUUGGCUAAAACUAAAACCAGUUAUGACUUAGUUUACGCGACCCUUCUGCGGUUGUCAUCAGUUGCAUGUUUCCAAGUUCUAAUUUGAUUGAUUACUUUUUGUUGUAGUGAUCUCCCUGGCUAGCUUUGCGAUAAUCAAUCAUGAAAAAACGUUUCUAAUCCGUUCUUGAAUAAGAAUAUGCGGUUAUGCAUCACAGAAAUCAGACUUAAGCAGCAAAUUCAAACCUCAAAAUGCACGAAAUAUUUUACGAGUCAUCAUCUUUUUCGAAUUGUUUUUUUCUUUUAAACAGUCACAGAAACAAACUAUAGAUAAGUCGUCGCGUGUGAAAAGCGAUAAAAAGUUGAGAAAUCCGUGUAAAUUUAUUUCCAGUAUCUCGAUAAAAGGGACGCACCAUCGCACUUUCAGACAUUUUUUAAUUACAUAUAUACAAGCGUAAAAAUUAUAUUACGGGAAUAUCAUCCCAUGUUGAUUCAAAUUCCAUAUCUUUUAUUGACUAAGACAUAAUAUUUUUCAAAUGUGGCAACAUCUUUUUGUGUACUCCAUUUUCGUUUGACAUCAUGACAGAAACUCACAAUUUAUUUCAAUUAAAACUUACAAGGACAUGUCGACUCAUAACAGUCAACCGCGUCCACUGAUAAUUAAAGAGAUAAACCUUGCCCGUGAAAUUAACUUUCUUCAAACCGCCGCUAUUUGGAUACAAAUUCCGGUUUUCGUAAAACAAAGCGAGAAAUCGAUGGAAAUGGUUUUCAAAAAGGAGUAUUUGAAGUUGACAAGAGGCGUCAUAAAAUUCAAAACAAAAUUCUUUUUUAACCUCCACUGUUGUCGAUUACAGAAGGCGUGCGCCAUUGGAAGGAUAAACCGCGCUGUGAUUGGUUACUGUUUUAAAGUAGGGGUUAGUUUUGGUUUAUCCGUGCGCUCUAAUUGGCUGAUUUGCGGGCUCGUGCCCCGCUCACUUUACGUAAUGAAAAAAUUAUGCAUUCAAAUGGCUUCCCGCUCUAAUUGAGUGUCGAACUAACUUCAUUUAUUGGCUAGUGAGCACAAAACGGAUGUUACGACUAACAAACGCUUAUGCUGUAAAUUGUUUUCCAGUCAAAAACCUAAAGCACUCCGAGCAAAUUACAAUAAUAUACGCACAUCUGGAGGCGAAGAAAAUGAAUAUGGAAUUCUUUUUAAAAAUCGCAGCGAUAUUUCCGAGUCUGUGAAAGCCGCAAUUCGCUUUAGUUGCGUAUUUUUGGCUUUGUUCACGAAAUUGUUCAGUAGGCGAAUAAAUUAUUUGAAAAGUAACUUGAAUCACACGCGGACAGGAUAAAUUUUGAGCGAUAACGAUUUCGCUGAGAUGAAAAAAUGACCGGUCUGGUGAACCGUCACACGAACUCCAGUCUUCAGUUAAAAGCGUCGAGCAUCUUUGCCGAGGUAAACGGGUUCGCUGCGCGAGUUCUAGCGACGUUGACGUACUGUAAUGAUUGUGAAUACGACGUGGAAGGAUUAUUUAUUUUUCCGCAAGACGAGAGAGCUACAGUCGUCGAGUUUGAAGCGACGAUAGAGGAGCGGCAUGUUAGCACGCAAGUUUCGGAGAUCAUCACUCGCAAUUCUGAAAAGCACGCGUUCGCUUUGGAGGAGCGAGACGACGAUCUAUUUUCGCUGAGUUUGGGGAGAAUUCCUCCACUCACGUCGGUGUUUGUUCAAGUGACUUUGAUUACGGAGCUUGGAACGGACGAAACAACCGGUGGAUCGCUAUUUGUUCUACCGUCGGUCUUCACUCCGCGACUCGCCAGCGACGAAAAUGAAGAAACAGAUUUGUACGGAUCGCAGAUGCUUAUUACAAAUAUUCCCCGCAAGACUCAGGAGCCUUACAGUUUUGAGCUGCAGUUAGAGGUAGCCGCUCCGUGUUUAUUGGCAGGGUGUUCGUCUCGAACGCACGCUAUUCAAGUCGACGCAGAUUGCCGAGCAACGAACGCUUCUCGCAUUCACAUCACGAUCGCCGAAGCGCAUACGUACGAUCGGGAAUUGGAGGUCGUACUUCACCUCUCGCAUCCCUACGACCCUUACGUCCUGAUCGAGGAAGGAAAGAAGGGUUAUAACUCGCUGCGAGGUGAAGAUAAAAUGGAAAGCUCAAAUAACUCUGAUACUCUGGAAGAUUUUCACAAGAAGGCGGCGAUCAUGAUAAACUAUACCCCAAGACUACCCACUCCGAGCGCUGUUGGGGAAUAUAUCUUUCUCGUUGACCGCAGUGGCAGUAUGAGCGGGGAUCACAUUUUUCACGUCAAAGAAACGUUGAUACUCUUCCUCAAGAGCUUGCCAGCGAACUGUUGUUUUAACAUUAUUGGUUUUGGUUCGUAUUAUCGGAGUCUGUUCCAAGAAAGCCAACCGUACAACGAAACGACGUUGGGAAAAGCUUGCGCUUAUGUGCAUAAAAUGAGGGCUGACCUAGGUGGUUCUAAUCUCCUUCUACCUUUGGAGUUUAUCUUUGAAAAGUCUACAAAGCUUGGAGUGGGGAGGACAGUUUUUAUGCUGACUGAUGGAGGUAUAUCAAAUACUUUAGAGGUCGUGGAUUUUGUGCGUCGAAAUUCCUAUACAACACGGUUUUACACGUUUGGAAUCGGACCAGAAGCUUGUCCCAACCUGGUGCAGGGUGUGGCUGGGGCAGGAAGGGGUCAGGCAUACUUCAUAGCAGAUGAUGAACGAAUGCCAGUUAAGGUAAUGGAAGCACUCGCAGAUGCCCUUCAGCCCGCGAUCACAGACCUAGAGGUCAGCUGGCACCUCCCCGAAGGAUACGACGUCAUCCAGACGCCACAACUCCUGCCCUUCGUUCAGAACAACAAGCGGCUGGUGAUAUAUGCAAUUUUGUACCGUCCCCCGGGGGAGGAAAAAGAUUCUCCGAGAACACCCAUCAAGAGGAAAAUGGAUUGGAGUAUGAGGUCAUUUUCAAACAGCUCGGUCAAAGUGUUUUGGUUUGAGGACGAGUGCGACCUGCUGGCGGAAGAUCAGUUGUUGUUAGAAGCGGAGGAAUCGCUACCCUUGAGCGAGGAUGACUUUGAAAAGGACGAGGAAUUCAAAGACGAAGCGGGAGUGCCGGAGCAGGACAGCUUUGAUACCGAGAUGGAAAGCGUUCCCGAACCGGAUACAAUAGAAGCCAUUGCUGACGGGCUUCUUAAACGCAUGUGCAGGGAAUUGAGCCAGGAUAAGGCUAGUGAAGGUGACCAUGAGAUAACGCCAUCUCCCUCUGUGCUUGAAAGCGGUGAGCCGUGCGAGUCACGCAACGAGGAUUUAAGUUACGACUGGUCGUGUGAGAAGAAUGUCCGGUCUGACAUGAUAUCUGUUUACCCAGAUGUAAACGAACAGAAUAACAAUGAUCUUUACUCAACUAAAACCAAGUUGCCAAACAUACCCAAACAAGACGACGUCGCAUUUCAGAAUGCCUUAGGUGGCGUUUCCAAUGACAUUAAAGACAGUAAUUUGUGUAAUGAUGACUCAAAGAAGGCUGAUGAAUCCCAUGAACACCAAAGGUCGCCAAAACUCGUGCGCGCCUACGAACGGGACAGUGGUGUUGGUUUCAGUAUAGAAGAAAAUGACAAGAGUCCCGAUGAAGCCAAGAAGGACCGCCAUCUCAACGAAGAAGAAGAAGAACCGAACGACUGGUCACAUGAAAGCGACAGUCCAGCUUUUGAGGAAUCCAACAAUACAAGAAAAACUGCCGUCCAUAUUUACAAGAACAGCGAGUUCCUGUCGCAACUUGGCGUACCUGCCGACUUUGGCGCGGUGAAUAUCCGGGGAUUUGUCGGCGACGAGGAAAUGGAGCAAGUCAUUCCAUUUCCGGUUAACCGAUGUGGUGGUUCUUCGAAGCGUCCCACAAUCCACCAGCUGCUGGCACGAUCACUGAUCAGAGAACUACAGUCUUCCGUGGACUCCACAAGUACAGAAACUAUUGAGAUAAUAAAAGGGAUGAGUGAGCUGUCUAGCGUCCACUCCAGGCACACAGCCCUUGUGGCACGUGACCAGUAUUGUUAUGACGACCAGGUUUUAAGUGCUUUGCAGUUUCCACAGACAGAAACUCUGACUGGCUUUGGGAAUCGUAAAGUGAAAGUCCUAGAGCGAAACUCCGGCUUCACGGAGGGCCUGGGCCGGCGUCUCCCCAGUCCAGAUGGCAGUGACCAAGACAUUUCGCCAUAUUUCGCCGAGGGCGGAAACAACCCUGUUCUGGAGGCUGGAGAAGAGCCAGUGGAUUUUUAUCGCCUUGAGCGAACUGGUACUCCAGAGAGUCAACACGAAGAAAGUGGAUCAAGAAAAGAAACUGAGGGUACUCAAACGUCUCCCAGUAAAAGUCCACGAAAACAUGUUCCUCCUUUCUCCACGAGAUGCGUCUUAGGUGAGAGGCAGCAAACCCCCUCGAAAAUCAAACCCAAACUCCUCUCCUCCUCCAGUCUUGAUACCUACUGGAGUCCUGGGACCAAACAGCAUUUGUCGUUUGUGCGCAUGAUCAGUUUGCAGUCUGCUCAGGGAAGCUGGAACAUAGAUUACGCCUUCGCGGAAGUCCUGGGGCUAUCGCUGAAUGGUAUUCAAGAAGCGUCCCCGCUGGCCGACAACUCCGUUUAUAUCGCGGACGACCUUCAAGAGCUGAUGGAUUCCGAUAAGUGCGAUAAUAGUUCUCAGUUGUGGGCCACUGCACUUGCGCUGAGUUGGUUAUAUCGAAAGAGGCGCCAAUUCGAGGCAGAGUGGAGCCUGGCGGCGAAGAAGGCGGAGGAUUGGAUGAGUGGGAUCCCGUGUCCCCGCGGGUUUUCACCCGAUGACUUGAAAGCCCUCGCCUACCAAGCGCUUCUGCUUCUUGAAACAGAAACACGAAAAACAUCAACGGUUAGCACUAUGCCGCAGGGAAAAAUAGACGCUUCGUUAUCUGGAAGCCUAAGAUAUCGCAGAAAUACCUGGAACUUUUGAACGUACAAAGUCAUAGAGAGCUGCUUUGCUUUGCGUCUAGGAAGACUGAUUUAGCUCUGUACGUGCAUGCAGUCCAGUCUUUCUCGAGAUUUUAGUUGUUCGUGACCGA